AUGUCUCGAGUUCUGCUCACCGGUGCGAAUGGCUUUAUUGGCUCACACAUUCUUGAACAUCUCCUCAAUCAAGGCUUCUCAGUUCGAGCUAUCAUUCGAAGCGAAUCCAAAGCAAAACAAGUUCUCGCUGAUUUCCCCAAUAAAGGAACACAACUUGAUUUUGGAAUCGUUCCAGACAUCACCGCUCCUGGAGCUUUUGACGAUGUCGUGAAGUCUUCCCCACCAUUCGAUACCAUCAUCCAUUCCGCCUCUCCCUUCCUCUAUCGUGUCAUCUCAGAUAAUCGCGAAUUCCUCGAUCCAGCUAUCAAGGGUACUCUCGAAGUUUUGAAAUCCGUCAAAGCUCAUGCACCAACAGUGAAGCGAGUGGUCAUCACGAGUAGUUGUGCUGCUGUGGUCAACUUUGGAGCACCUCCCGACGCCCCGAAGAAGAUUUACACUGAGGAUGAUUGGAAUCCCACAACAUGGGAGAGCGCAUUAGUUGGAACGCAAAACAAUGCGUAUCAAGCUAGCAAGAAGUUUGCUGAGAAAUCAGCAUGGGAUUUCGUCGAAAAAGAGAAACCAAACUUUGAUCUCGUCACCUUGACCCCACCCAUGGUUUAUGGACCACUUCGCCAUUCAGUCAAGAGUGUCAAAGAAUUGAAUCAAUCAAAUUCGAGAAUUUAUGGCUUAUUUGUCGAUUCAAAGAAAGAUGCAGAACUUCCACCAAAUGGAAUGCAUGUGUAUACGGAUGUCCGAGAUCUAGCAGAAGCGCAUAUCAAAGCAGUGGCCGUACCUGAAGCUUCAGGUCAACGAUUCAUCAUCUGCGCUGGACAGAUCUCUUCGCAACAGAUCUCUGAUAUGUUGAGGAAGGAUAUCCCGGAAUUGGGGGAGAGAACACCAGAGGGAACGCCUGGUGGAAACCCAUUGCCUGAGAAUGCGUAUGAGUGUAGCAGUGCCAAGGCAGAGAAAGUUCUUGGAUUAAAAUUUCAUAGGAAGGAGGAAACAUUUGUGAAGUUGGCGAAACAAUUACUUGAAAUUGAAAAGAAAGAGAAGGCAGGGCAGUGA